UCAUAAAUAGCCACAAUCUCCUGGCUUUGUUACUUGCCCUUCUACCACCACCGCAUUCCCGCUCAUCGUCGUAUAAACGCAUCUUCUCGAAUCUUGUAUAACAACUCUUUGCCAUGGCCUUGAAGCGCAUUAACAAGGAAUUGAUCGACCUCGGACGUGACCCACCCUCAUCCUGCAGCGCAGGUCCUGUAGGCGACAACAUGUUCUCAUGGCAAGCAACAAUCAUGGGCCCUACCGACUCACCGUACUCGGGCGGGGUUUUCUUCCUUACAAUCACGUUCCCAACCGAUUACCCCUUCAAGCCACCCAAAGUCAGCUUUAGGACGAAGAUCUACCACCCUAACAUCAAUGCCAAUGGAUCCAUCUGUCUGGACAUUUUGAGGGAUCAGUGGUCACCAGCGUUGACUAUAUCGAAAGUGUUACUUUCUAUUUGCUCGAUGUUGACGGAUCCCAAUCCCGAUGAUCCUCUGGUACACGACAUUGCCCAUCUGUAUAAGACCGACCGUACCCGCUACGAAGCAACAGCUCGGGAGUGGACAAGGAAGUAUGCCACGUAGUAUGGUGUCCAAUUACUUCUCUAAGUGGUACAUGAGUUGUAUUGGUCAGCUGUAUGAAAGUGCAUCAACAUCCGUUGUACAUCAUUGCAUGUCUAUGUUUUAGUAUCCCCCCCUUUCGCUUGUUUGUACCCAAUGAACGAUGAAUCGCCUAGGAAUCCGUCUCAGUCUGAUACUGCUCUGCUAGUCCAUGUCAGGUCGCUCUUGCGCGCUCGAGUUCGCUGCUGUGCCAUGCGUCC